AAAGCGACUUGGUUUUUUUCAUAGCUGGAUGGUGAAUCAUCAAAAAACUAUUACGAAAUUGCUUACUGAUGUAUAAGGGGAAAAAACAAUCCUAAGCUGUGGUUUCCCGGAAAGCUCUGUGUUAUAAGAACAGGUUGGGUUGAUUUCCUCUAUAUAAAGCCUCUCAGUGCUGUUGCCGGGCCAGUUUUGCGUAGCUACUGAUCUAACAUCAUUAUUUUAAGACCAAGUCAUAGCAUUAGACUGUGGAAAUGGAGAGCACCAUGUGCAUCCCAAUGCCAGAGCCUAUCUGUUUGGUGGAAAAUGUGAACAACUCACUGCGUGUAAAUGAUAGAGCGAUUGAGUACUUGUCCAGGAAUAACCAGCCGGUGGUUGUGGUGUCUGUUGUGGGACUCUAUCGCACUGGAAAGUCGUACCUCAUGAACCGCCUGGCAGGAAAACAAACUGGCUUUGCGCUGGGCAGCACAGUUGAAUCAAAGACUAAAGGUAUUUGGAUGUGGUGCACGCCACAUCCUCAAAAACCAGGACAUACACUGGUGCUGCUUGACACUGAAGGACUGGGGGAUGUUGACAAGGGAGACUCUAAAAAUGACACCUGGAUCUUCUGUCUGGCUGUUCUACUUAGUAGCACUCUGGUCUACAACAGCCGUGGGACCAUCGACAACACUGCAGUGGAAAAUCUACACUAUGUCACUGAACUUGCAGAACAGAUUAAGAUCAAAUCACCUGCAUCCAGAGCAGCUGAGGAAGAUGAAGAAAAUGACUCUCAUUUUGUGCAGUUUUUUCCCAACUUUAUCUGGACAGUUCGUGAUUUUUCACUGGAGCUGGUGAUUGAAAAAAAGGGCAAAGUGACUGAGGAUGAGUACCUGGACUUUGCGCUACAGCUGAAGAAAGGAUUUAGCAAGAAGGACACCGCCUACAAUCUUCCAAGGCAGUGUAUUCGAAACUAUUUUCCAACCCGCAAGUGCUUUGUUUUCCCGUUUCCUGCCUCCCAGGACAAAAUGCUUCAGCUUGAAAACCUGGAUGAAAGUGACAUUUGGCCACAGUUUCUGACUGUCACACAGCGAUUCUGUGAUUAUGUUUUUUUUGUAAGCAAAAUUAAAACAGUUAAAGGGGGAUACAAAGUCACAGGAAGAAUGUUUGGUCACCUAGUGCAGUCCUAUGUGGAGACAAUCUCUAGUGGAAAAAUCCCUUGUCUGGAGAACGCUGUAGUUGAAAUGGCAAGGAUAGAAAACCAGACAGCUGUGGAGGAGGGGCUUAAACUGUACCAAAGUGGGAUGGAAGAGGUGAAGAGUUUGUUUCCUGUCAGUCUGAGUGUAAUUUCUGAUAAGCACAAGACGCUCAGCAACAUGGCCAACACUGAGUUUAUUAAACUCUCCUUUAAGGAUGCAGAAGGGCAAUACUUUAGAAAACUGAUGGAGGCAGUAAAUAAACACUAUUGUGAACUAACUGCUCAGAACCUAAUGGCAUCAGAAAGGAAGUGCCAGGAGAUUUUGUCUGAUCUAAACAGGAAGAUAAGCGAGCGUGUGCAGAAUGGUGAAUUUGCAAAGCCUGGAGGAUAUAAACUUUACUGCACAGAAAAAGACAACAUCAUUAUCCAGUAUCACAAUCAUCCUGAUAAGGGAAUCCAGGCUGAGGAGGUGUUGAAGAACUUUCUGAGUGAGAAGUGUAUGGAGACAAAAUUAAUUCUCCAGACUGAUGAACAACUGACUGCAAGUGAGAAAAAGAUUCAAGAGGAAACAGAACAAAAAUCUCUGUUAGAGAGGCAAUAUAAAGUAGAACAGGAGAGUAAGGUGGAGAUGGAGCGACUGAUGCAGGAGGAACAACAGAACCAGAAGCAACAACUGCAGCAGAUGGAGAAGAAGUUUGAGGAGGAGAAAGUUCAGCAGCAGCAGCAGCUGGAGAAAGCGCUGGAGAGCAAAGUGAACGAACAAAAAGAACUUAUUCAGAAAGGGUUUAAUGAGAAAGCCCAGCUGAUGCAACUAGAGAUGGAGCAACUUAAAAAAGAAAAAGAUGAACUUUCUCGCAGUUUUUUUAAAGAUUAUGUCGUUCCUGGUUUUGACAUUGCUAAGGAAUUGCUCUUAGUGUACAUGAAGUAUAAAGGGAUUAAGGAAAAAUUUCCAAAGACAUAAGAACAUCAUGUGUGUGUGUGUGUGUUACGCAUGUUUGUAUGUAUGUUUGUAUGUACCCUAUGUGUGUGUGUGUGUGUGUGUGUGUGUGUAUAGUAGCUUUUUUACUGGAUGGAACUACAGCCUUCGAAUGAUCAGUUUGUUCUGUUAACUGCAGACCGGGACCAUCCCACAUGAGCUGCUCAUUUGUCAUUGAAGUUGAUGAGUUGGAAGCAGAAAAAUGGGCAAAUGUAUUUUGAUUUGAGUGACUUUGACAAUGACCAAAUUGUGAUGGCUAAAUGAAGGGGUCAGAGCAACUCAAAAACAGCAGCUCUUGUGGAAUGUUCCUGGACCUACAGUAUGGACAAACCCUUGUGCGACCACAAGGCCCCGGUUUGUGUGGUACACAUCACCAGUACAUUCUGAGUGGCACUGCCUUGACAGAAGCCCCUAAAACCGGCUCCUUUUUUUAGGUUGUUGUAGGUAUUUUGGUUUGUGAGUACAUGAAGUUUAGUUGUUCAAUUGAAACUGAUAAUAGAAACUGUUUUAAAUGAAGAAAUAUGUCAUUUAUACUGUAGUGUUAAGCGUUAUUAGCGAUAGUGAUAAAGAAUAAUAAUUAGUAUUUAUUGUACUAUUAAUUAUUCCAUUCUCUGUUUCUGUCUGUUAGAGUUCUUUCUUAGCUGGAGCCUGCAAAAAUAGGAGAAAUUAUCCUGUAAGGGAAUCUUUUGAAAUGGUUGCUCCAAAUAAACUUGUAUGUCCUAACAGUUGUUAUAGUUGUCUCUUUGUAUGUGCACACAAAAUAUAAUAAAUAUAUUUUG